AUGCUUACGAACGGCCUCAUCUCCCUUCUAGCAAUCGCUGGCUUGGCUACCAAUGCCUUUGCUGGCCCAAUCCGCAAGGUCUCCAAUGCCGGCGCAGCUGGAGCCAUCGCUGAUAAAUACAUUGUCGUCUUGAAGAAGGGCCUCUCUGAUAGUGCCGUUUCAAAGCAUACCAAUCGCAUCUCAUCCUUCCACUCCAACGUCGCUCGAGAUCUCACAGGAGCUAGGGCCCAUGGUGUUGGAAGGAAAUUCAGAUUCUCAUCGACUGGGUUCAACGGAUACGUUGGUGGUUUUGACAAGGCAACUCUCCAGGAGAUCUUGAACUCUCCUGAGGUCGACUACGUUGAACAAGACACCGUUGUUACUACGUACGCUGAACAGACUGACUCCACCUGGGGCCUCGACCGUAUCUCCCAUGAGGAUUACUCCGCUCCAUACACUUAUGAAUACGAUGAAACUGCUGCCGGCGCUGGUACCACCGUCUACGUCAUCGAUACCGGUAUUCGCAUCUCCCACGAUGAAUUCCAAACCGUGAAUGGUUCAUCCCGAGCUACCUGGGGAUUCAACUCUGUUGACAAGACUGAUUCCGAUGGCAAUGGCCACGGUACCCACUGCGCUGGUACUAUCGCUGGAAAGACCUAUGGUGUCUCCAAGAAGGCCAAGGUUGUCGCUGUUAAGGUUCUUAGCGCUGGUGGUUCCGGUUCUACCGCUGGCGUCGUCUCUGGAAUGAACUGGGUUGCCGAAAACGCCACCCCAAACUUCUCUGUUGCUAGCAUGUCCCUUGGAGGUUCCAAAUCUGCCGCCCUCAAUACUGCCGUUGACGCUAUCUUCAAUGCCGGAAUCACCAUCGUUGUCGCUGCCGGUAACGAGAACCAGGAUGCUAAGAACGUUUCACCCGCCUCCGCCCCCAACGCUAUCACUGUUGGUGCCAUCGAUAGCAGCAACAAGAUCGCUUCCUUCUCUAACUGGGGAACUCUCAUCGAUGUCUUCGCUCCAGGUGUUGGUGUCUUGAGCUCUUGGGCUACAUCCGAUAAGGAAACCAAGACCAUCUCCGGUACCUCCAUGGCCUGCCCACACGUCGCUGGCUUGGCCGCUUACUACAUCAGCGCUUCCGAGGGUGGUGCCGAUCCAGCAACCAUCACCGAUAAGAUCACCAGCAGCGCCGUCAGUGGUCAGGUCACCGGGAACAUCCGUGGCUCUCCAAACAAGAUCGCCUACAACGGAUAUGCUUAA